AUUUUAUUUGGCGUUUCUCUAUGGGUGGCAUGUGUACAAGAUUAAGUAAGAUAAUCUGUUAAGACAGUUGAUCUUGAAUUCUUGAUCAUGGAUCUUUUUCCUUAAACACUCGACUGAGUCUUUCGUUCUCCGCAUAAAUUAAUGGCUCAAUUUCUCCAAUUUCACCCGCCAUAUUCUUCCUCUCGAUCCCCUUCCCUCUUUCACCUCAACCUCAAAAUCCCCACAUUCAGCCAUGGCCAAAUAUUGCACACCAGCCGCUGUCCGGUUCGUUUCCCCAUCAAACCAUUCUCCGCACUCGCGGCGAGCGCCGCCGAACCCGGCGGUCGCCUCUCUCCGCUGAUCAAACUCGCCUCCGUCACCGCACUCAAACCCUACCUGCAACCGGAAUGGCGGCCGAUCCUCUCCGGAUGGCUGUGCAGCGCCGUUUCUGUCUACUCGCUUUCCAAAAUCGUCCCUUUGGCCGGAAAACUCUCCUCCGCAAUGGGCGCUGCGAGUUUGAUGGGCACAAGGAAGGAUAUUCUGGUGUUGGGGGCUUUUGUUCUGACUAGAAUCGUGGCGAAUUAUUUGCAGGAGGCUUUUCUGUGGGAGGCAGCGUUGAGCUGUGUGUACGAGAUUAGGGUUCAUGUGUUCAAUAGGGUUUUGCAGAGGGAUUUAGGGUUUUUCGAGAGUGAAAGAGGAAUUUUGCCUGGGGAUGUUGCGUACCGGAUCACAGCGGAGGCCGAAGAUGUAGCUGACACAGUGUAUUCUCUUAUCAAUACAAUUGUACCGAGCACUCUACAGUUAUCAGCUAUGGCAUCUCAGAUGUUGAUCAUAAGCCCCAUGCUGUCUCUAAUUUCUGCUUUGGUGAUUCCCUCAAUGACUCUCUCAAUUGGAUGUCUAGGAGAAAAGCUUCGUGCACUAUCCAACAUGGCGGAUCUUAGUACGGCUGCUCUGUCAGCUUACCUAAAUGAGGUAUUCCCUUCAAUUCUUUUUGUGAAGGCAAACAAUGGUGAAUCCAAUGAGCGUAUUAGGUUCCAGUCGCUUGCUUCUGCUGACCUUUCUGCGUGUGCCUGCUCACUGUUGGUUUCAAGAGGCUCAUUCGAUUGUUCCGCCAUAGGUUCUUUCUUGACAUCGCUGAUUCUUUUGAUUGGCCCAGUUCAGGGUGUGGGAAAAGCAUACAACGAGUUGAAACAAGGAGAACCAGCUAUAGAGCGGUUGUUUAAUUUGACCUUGUUCAACUCAAAGCAUGCAAACCAGAUGAUUGAGAAACCAGAUGCACUUGAUUUAAAUUCUGUUGCUGGUGAAGUGAAAAUUUGUGACCUCUCGUUUUCAUAUGGAGAGGCUUUGGCACCUGUUUUGAACUGCCUCGAUCUUCAUAUCAAAGCUGGUGAGACAAUUGCUCUAGUUGGCCCAUCGGGUGGCGGCAAGACGACACUUGUGAAACUUCUGCUUCGUUUAUAUGAACCUCUUUCUGGUUCGAUAUUGAUAGAUGGCCAUGAUAUUCGAAAUAUUCGGUUAGAGAGCUUAAGGAGACAUAUUGGUCUGGUCUCUCAGGACUCAGUACUUUUUUCAGGAACUAUAGCUGAGAACAUUGGGUACAGGGAUUUAAUAAGCGGCAUUGAUAUGGACAGAGUAGAAAUUGCUGCUAAAACUGCAAAUGCUGAUGAGUUCAUAAAAUGUCUUCCCGAUCAGUAUGAAACCAAUGUCGGGCCCAGAGGCUCGAAUUUCAGUGGCGGCCAAAGGCAAAGGCUAGCAAUUGCAAGAGCACUCUAUCAGAACCCAUCUAUUCUUAUUUUAGAUGAAGCAACUUCUGCAUUAGACAGCCGAUCUGAGCUACUGGUUAGACAAGCUCUUCAACGCCUAAUGCAAAACCGCACGGUGUUGGUCAUUGCACAUCGGCUGGAAACUGUGCUUAUGGCAGAAAGAAUAUUCUUAUUAAACAAUGGGAAGCUGCAGCAACUGAGUCAUUCUGCUCUGAGGGAUGGGCAAUUGAGUCAAUCUGCUCACUUGCGACUGCACGUAUACACUAUGAUCUGCGUUCACAUGCUUAGCAAUGCUGAACAGUGAAAACUUGAUGAGAUUUGAGAGAGAAUAAAAUUUGGGUUGAAUUUUUAUUUUAUAAUAUUUAUGCACAAUUCUGAAAUUCAAAUAA